ACAGACAACACCAUGGCUCUUCCAGCUUCCGCAUACAAAGACCGAGAAUUUCUCGCAGUCAUAGGAGACGAGGACUCCGUGACAGGCAUCCUGCUGGCAGGUGUAGGCCACGUCACCGAUCCACCCGACUCGCAGAAGAACUACCUCGUCGUCGACUCGAAGACACAGGACUCCGCCAUCGAAGGAGCCUUUGAACAAUUUACGAAGGAGAGGAAGGAUAUUGCGAUCCUACUCAUAAAUCAACAUAUCGCAGACCGGAUACGACCGAAAGUCGACGCAUACAACGAGGCGUUCCCUUCGUUGUUGGAAAUCCCGAGUAAAGACCACCCAUACGAUCCGGAGAAAGAUAGUGUAAUGAAGAGAGUGAGGAAGUUGUUCGGAGAGUAGAGGGAAUGGCCGAUGCAAAAUGGUCAACCCGAAGGAUUCAAAGGCGCUUCACAUGGUGGCUACUGGCGAGAGCGUACCUGGAAACGCUCGACAGGGUGAGAAGGAGGGGGACGUUUAGAAGAACCGCAUGAUGACGGAGAUGAGAUACCCGCAAUUGAAGGCUUCCAAGCUGCGAGUACAAGCUAGCUGAGUACAGAGCAUGUCUGGUGCUCAAGCAACCUCAUGUUGAGGCAGUUGAAGCCUGGGCAGUGAGGCAUACCAGGCCAUCUCCACCGGAGUUCAGCUGAUAUACAAAAGGUGAUGACCGAGUGGCAAGAUGUUCAGUGAAUUCACGC